AUGUCUGCCGAUAAAGCCCCAGUUGAGAAGCUCCCUCUCACUGCUCGCAAAAAUGUCCGAGAUGGCUGGGAGGCCAAGAAGGGUGCCCUCGAGGAGCAAAUGCUGACUCUCCUCGGUGUCCCGUGGAAGUUUGAAGUCAAUGCGCUCGCAAUAUAUCCCUACGCCGAGGCAGAUUCCUACGGCCACAACUCGCCCGGCGAUUGUAUCUUCGCGUACUUUGAUGCCUUCGUCUGGUCCCUCAAGAACAGCUUCAUUGAGUACCACGGCGACGCUGGCAAGGAAGAGCUCAACACCGUAUGCCCAACCCACACCGUGACUUUCCUUGCAUCUCCCAAGUUCUCCUACUGUGGCUGCGACGUCCAGGACGGCCAAUUCCGUCUGCUCUUCCACCCAGAAAAGCUGGGAACCAACAUCAGUCACGUCGGCGAGAAGAUUGCAGAAGCACUCUCCACCGCUCCUCAGCCAGAAGGUGCUUCCACGCUCAGCUACGCUGCACGUCACUCCAUCAAAACUGAGUACACCACCAAAAUCAUCCCCAUGCUUGAAAAAGCCCGCACCUUGCUCCAGAAUCCAAAGCUGGAAUUCCAGCCGGGAUUUGAGGCUCUGGGUGAGAAGCUGAAGAAUGGAAAGGAUGUGCGUGAUGAUUGGGAAACUAAUCUUGGUGACUUUGCACGGAAGUAUUAUGAGAGCUUCAUUGAUGUGCUGGAGAGGGAGAAGUUUGGAGAAGAUGAGAUGUUGAGAGAAGGGCUUGAGGAAGGUGUCCCGAAGGGAGUUGUGCAACUGAAGCUGGUUGAUGUGUUGAAGAACGGGGGGUACAAUGAGACUGUGUUGGAUGAUGGAGUUUUGAGCAUUCAGACUACCCCUGAUCGAUGGGGAACGAACAUCCACUAUUCUUGCGAAAAGCUGGUUGACCUCUUGUAA